GAGUGCGACAGCGCGGCCGGCGCACUCGGGCUGGCUUGGGAAACGAAACUGAGGGAGGAGCCGGCGCCUCUGGCAGCGGUAGGGCCAGGCCUGGUGGCGGCGGCAGCGGCGGCGGCAGCGGCGGCCUGACCCCCCCCUUUUCCGCUCCCUGGCAGCUUGCCCUCUCCCCUCAGUUAACAAUGAAGAGGAGAAAUGAUCCAGAAUGCACUGCCCCUAUCAAGAAACAGAAGAAAAGAGUUGCAGAGCUUGCCCUGAGCCUCAGCUCUACAUCCGACGAUGAACCUCCCUCCUCUAUUAAUCAUGCAGCAAAAGUUUCCACAAAUAGCAUGUCUGGGGAGAUAAGUGACACUCAGGGCCGUCAGCGCAGCUCUGACUCUUUCGAUGAUCCCUUCAAAGCAGACUCCCUCGUGGAGGGAACUUCUUCUCGCUAUUCCAUGUAUAACAGCGUCUCCCAGAAGCUUAUGGCCAAGAUGGGCUUCAGGGAAGGUGAAGGACUGGGUAAAUACAGCCAGGGUCGGAAGGACAUCGUUGAGGCCUCUAAUCAGAAAGGUCGAAGAGGCUUGGGCCUGACGUUGCAAGGCUUUGACCAGGAGUUGAGUGUGGACUGGCGAGAUGAGCCGGAGCCCAGUGCCUGCGAGCAGGUGUCAUGGUUCCCAGAAUGUACCACUGAAAUUCCUGACACUCAGGAAAUGAGCGAUUGGAUGGUUGUGGGGAAGAGGAAGAUGAUCAUUGAAGAUGAAACAGAGUUUUGUGGGGAAGACCUGCUCCACAGUGUGCUGCAGUGUAAGAGUGUGUUUGAUGUCCUGGAUGGGGAGGAGAUGCGGCGAGCGCGGACCCGGGCCAAUCCCUACGAGAUGAUCCGAGGAGUCUUCUUCCUGAAUAGGGCGGCAAUGAAGAUGGCUAACAUGGAUUUCGUGUUUGAUCACAUUUUUACAAACCCGCGGGACUCUUAUGGGAAACCGCUGGUGAAGGACCGGGAAGCUGAGCUUCUGUACUUUGCAGACGUCUGUGCGGGCCCGGGGGGCUUCUCGGAGUAUGUGCUCUGGAGGAAGAAGUGGCACGCGAAGGGCUUUGGAAUGACUCUGAAAGGCCCUAAUGACUUUAAGCUGGAGGAUUUCUACUCAGCCUCCAGUGAACUCUUCGAACCCUAUUAUGGCGAGGGUGGAAUCGACGGAGAUGGAGACAUCACCCGCCCAGAGAACAUCACUGCUUUUCGGAAUUUUGUCCUGGAUAACACGGAUCGCAAGGGUGUCCACUUUCUGAUGGCUGACGGGGGUUUCUCCGUGGAGGGGCAGGAGAACCUGCAGGAAAUCCUCAGCAAGCAGCUGCUGCUCUGUCAGUUCCUCAUGGCGCUGUCUGUUGUCCGGACAGGAGGCCACUUCCUCUGUAAAACCUUUGACCUGUUCACGCCGUUCAGCGUGGGGCUCAUCUACCUGCUGUACUGCUGCUUUGAACGAGUAUGUCUCUUUAAGCCGAUUACCAGCCGGCCUGCCAACUCAGAGAGGUAUGUGGUGUGCAAGGGCCUGAAGGUGGGCAUAGACGAUGUGCGGGAUUACCUCUUCUCAGUCAACAUUAAGCUCAACCAGCUGCGGAACACCGACUCCGACGUCAACCUGGUGGUCCCCUUGAAGGUGAUCAAGGAAGACCAAGAAUUUACUGACUACAUGACACGGUCCAAUGAGAGCCACUGUAGUCUGCAGAUCAAAGCUCUGGCCAAAAUCCAUGCCUUUGUUCAAGACACGACCCUGAGUGAGCCUCGGCAGGCAGAGAUCCGGAAAGAGUGCCUCCGUCUUUGGGGGAUCCCAGACCAGGCUCGAGUUGCUCCUUCUUCCUCAGACCCGAAAUCUAAGUUCUUCGAGCUAAUCCAGGGCACUGAGAUUGACAUCUUCAGCUAUAAGCCCACACUGCUCACCUCCAAAACCCUGGAGAAGAUCCGCCCAGUGCUUGACUACCGCUGCAUGGUGUCUGGCAGCGAGCAGAAGUUCCUCAUCGGCCUGGGGAAGUCCCAGAUCUACACGUGGGAUGGCCGCCAGUCAGACCGCUGGGUCAAGCUGGACCUGAAGACAGAGCUACCCCGGGACACUCUGCUCUCUGUGGAGAUCGUCCAUGAGCUGAAAGGGGAGGGGAAGGCCCAGCGGAAGAUCAGUGCGAUCCACAUCCUUGAUGUCCUCGUGCUGAAUGGCAGCGACGUGCGGGAGCAGCACUUUAACCAGCGAAUUCAGCUUGCUGAGAAAUUUGUGAAAGCUGUUUCCAAGCCCAGUCGGCCUGACAUGAAUCCCAUCAGGGUGAAGGAGGUGUACAGACUGGAGGAGAUGGAGAAGAUUUUUGUUAGGUUAGAGAUGAAGAUCAUCAAGGGCUCCAGUGGCACCCCGAAGCUCAGCUACACAGGGCGGGACGACCGGCACUUCGUGCCCACUGGCCUCUACAUCGUCAGGACAGUGAAUGAGCCAUGGACUAUGGGGUUCAGCAAAAGCUUCAAGAGGAAAUUCUUCUAUAACAAGAAAACCAAGACCUCUACCUUUGACCUCCCUGCAGACUCCAUCGCCCCAUUUCACAUCUGCUACUACAGCCGUCUCUUCUGGGAGUGGGGGGAUGGCAUCCGCGUGCAUGACUCGCAGAAGCCCCAGGACCCGGACACGCUGUCGAAGGAGGAUGUCCUCUCCUUCAUCCAGACACACAGCGCCUGAGGGCCUGGGGCCGCCACUCCUGCUGAAUGCCUGGGGCCCACAUUCCUCGUUCCUUCCCCUCUCGGAAUGGGAGGGACAGGGGGCACAGUCACUGCAGCCUGGCCAUGAGAGGGGGUGGUCUCCUCUCCACCUCCCCUGAAGAGCUUAGUUGGGGGCCUUCAGAGGACACUCACGUUCCUUCUGGGACACCUUUUAGACUUCCCUCCUUGGAGACCUGCCCGGGAACUGUCUCCCCCGCCAGGACUCAGCCUGAAGGAUGCUGCUCCUACGGCGGGUGUGAGGUCAGGGCCCAGGGCAUGUAGGGCCGGUGGAGGACAUGUCCGAGAGCAGCAGGGCCUUAGCCCUGCCCUUCUCCUGUAUCGUGUAGACUCACUUUUCUGAGUUCCGUGCACUGCCCUGAGGGUGGCCACGCUCCUGUGUUCCCCAACUUUUUACUAGGCCAACCCGAGUGGUUGAAGGCCCCCUGUUGUGAGCUGGCCAGGACCAGCUGCUGUACAAAUCAAGGCUUUGUUUCUUUGAACUUGUUCUGUUUUGAUGCCAAGUUGGAGAAGAUUUUGUCUCCUUCCCUGACCCUGUCCUGGCCUUCUCCGGAGCUCUUCUCAGCCUGGACCUCUGACAGUCCCGCAGGCCGGGAAGGGAGGUAUGUGGGCCCCAGGUCCCUGACACCGCACCAGGAUGCAAGUGGCACUGUCUUUGGUAGUGGAUGGGACUGCCUCCUGGGCCCCGUCCCCUUUUGACUGAACCUUGGGCAGCUCUAGACGGGGAGGAAGUACCCUUGAUGACCUGCCUUUUUCUAUGUCCAGCAGCAGUGGCCCCACUGCAACAAAGGGGACCUCUGGGGUUGGGUUUGACCUAGUCCUCUGGCAAUCAUGGCACCCUUGUUUGCCACAGCCACCUUGCCACCCUUCCCCCACCCCGUUUUUCUUCCCCAGUAGGUGGUACAGUCAGUCACUUUUGUCAUUUUGUGGUCACUCCAUUUCUCCUAUGUUGGUGGAAGCGGAAGGGGAAGAGGGGAAGCUGGGCAGUAGCUUUGGGUGGGGGAGGACACCUGUGGUUCUUCUUAAUGGGAAAUACCUCUCAGAGAUGCUUCUACAGGCUCCCUAGGGCCCCAUCCCAGUGCUAGACUGGUUUCCAUGGCGAUAGGGCACAGCAGCUUCCUGUGAGGUUGGAAUUGACUCCACCUGGGGGGGUAUCUCCAGUCAGCACCCAGUCCUCCCCCGCCUCCCCCUGUUGGCAGCAGCACCACUGAAAUGCUGUAUUUCCACCCAAUUCUGGGUAUAUCAGUGUGUCUUGCAGAAUCUUGGAUCAUUAAAGAUAAACAUAUUUUUAA